AUGCCAAGUGAGGCGGCUCCUCAUUCUAGGCUCUUCAGUGUCCACUGGUGUAGCUGCUCCAUUCCAGGCUUACAGGAGGAGGAGGAGGAGGCACUUGCCACGCACGCUGGAGACUCCAGCCUGCCUUGGCUCCCCUUGCUGCUGUGGUUGGUGGUGGCAAGGAAGACGACAGUGCAGCCAGGAUGGCUUUUCUGGCUUUGCCUGCCCAGUUGCUCCGCGCGAAGAGGAGGGACCACCUGCUGGAGGCUAGAGCCUGCGACACUGUGGCUCGCCUCGCUGUGGUUGGUGGCAGCGAUGGGGACUGCAGAGUGCCGAAGCGGAUAUUUGACCUCUGACCAGCCAGCAUCAUUAACGCACUGCCCCCUGGCCUGUGAGCAGCACCUCCAGCCUCUGCCCCUGCCACCCUCUCAACCAGGUGGUGGCCCACGCAGUGGCAGCGCUCUCAGAAAUUGCCGAGUCUCACCCGAGCAACAACCUGCUCCAUCUGAACCCACAGUUCAUCAACAAGCUGCUGACAGCCCUGAUUGAGUGCACCGAGUGGGGCCAGAUCUUCAUCCUGGACUGCCUCACCAACUAUACGCCCAAGGACGACCGCGAGGCCCAGAGGUUUUCACUGUGUCGUCCAGACUGGUCUCACCCAAACUCCUCGGCUCAAGCAGUCCACCCACCUCAGCCUCACCCAGCCUUGUUCUUUACAUGCGUUGUGUCAGUUAAGCCCCCAGCAACCCUGUGAAGUAGGCAUCAUCAUCUUGAUUCUAUAGAUGAGGAAACUGAGGCUCAGAGUGAUUUCAACUUGCUGGGGGUUAGCAGGCAGCAGAACCAGGAUUUAGAUCUUUCUCCUACAAAAAACAUGUUUGUUUUUUGUUUGUUUGAGACAGGGUCUUGCUCUGUCACCCAGGCUGGUGUGCAGUGGCACCGUCACAGCUCACUGCAGCCUCAGACUCCCAGAUUCAAGUUAUUCCCCUGCCUCAGCCUCCUGAGGAGCUGGGAUUACAGGCAUGCACCACCAUACCAGGCUAAUUUUUUGUAUUUUA